GACACAGUGUGCUACGUCAAAGAAUCGUAAAGCAAAUUUGGAUCAUUGGAAAUGUUUAACACUUUGAUUUGGAUAUCUUUUUUGUGCGUAACAAACAUACAAAGUGCCAAAGAGAAAGCAAGCACGCCUUGUCCCGGUUCCAACUAUGCUCAGCUAGCAGAUACAUGUUAUUAUUUCUACGAUAAUGCCAAGACUUGGUGGAAUGCUGAAUUAUUCUGUGAGGAAAAUGGAGGAACCCUAUUAAUUUUUCAAGAAAAAGAUGAAAUAAAAUUGGUGAAAAAAGAAAUUAAAAAGAUAGCAAAAAAUCUACAAGAGACGGCACAAUUUUGGCUUGGAUUAAAACAUAACGCCGAUGACGACAAGUUUUACUGGUCUGAUGGGUCAGAUUUAACACGCAAGAACUGGAUAAACAAACUGGAUGAUAAAAUUAUAACCCCAGGUCAAUGUGUAGUUAUACAAGCCAAAGAAAACUCCGGUGCUGGAGCGAAGAAGUGGGAAACCAAAUCAUGUGAAGAAAAACUACCAUUCGUCUGUGAAAUAGAACUUUCGAUGUCUAGAUGGUCGGUAUGGAGUUCAUGGGGUGAAUGUUCAUCAUCGUGUGGACCUGGUCGAAAGUCAAGAAGUCGGAAAUGUUUAAGACCCACUUCAGCUUCUGAUAGCUGUAGCGGAAUAUCAUCAGAUACAUCAUCGUGUAAUAAAGCUUCUUGUCCAGAUUGGAGUGAGUGGUCUAAUUGGGGUAGUUGUUCUGUAUCUUGUGGUGAAGGUAAAAAAGAAAGAUCUAGACAAUGUUUAAAUUCAAAACGCGGAUCAGAUUGUUCAGGCAGUUCUAAAGAUACAGCUUCGUGUACACAAACAUCAUGUCCAGAAUGGAGUGAGUGGUCUAAUUGGGGUAGUUGUUCUGUAUCUUGUGGUGAAGGUAAAAAAGAAAGAUCUAGACAAUGUUUAAAUUCAAAACGUGGAUCAGAUUGUUCAGGCAGUUCUAAAGAUACAGCUUCGUGUACACAAACAUCAUGUCCAGACUUGGGUGAUUGGUCUAAUUGGGGGAGUUGCUCUGCGACUUGUGGUGAAGGUAAAAAGAAACGAUCUAGACAAUGUUUAAAUUCAAAGCGUGAAACAGAUUGUUCAGGCAGUUCUGAAGAUACAACUUCAUGUACACAAACUCCAUGUCCAGAUUGGACUGAAUGGUCCAAUUGGGGUAGUUGUUCUGUAUCUUGUGGUGAAGGUAAAAAAGAAAGAUCUAGACAAUGUUUAAAUUCAAAACGUGGAUCAGAUUGUUCAGGCAGUUCUAAAGAUACAACCUCCUGUACACAGACACCAUGUCCAGACUGGAGUGAUUGGUCUAAUUGGGGGAGUUGCUCUGCGACUUGUGGUGAAGGUAAAAAGAAACGAUCUAGACAAUGUUUAAAUUCAAAGCGUGAAACAGAUUGUUCAGGCAGUUCUGAAGAUACAACUUCAUGUACACAAACUCCAUGUCCAGAAUGGAGCGAAUGGUCAGAUUGGAAUUCAUGUAGUUCAUCAUGUGGUGAAGGUCAACAGACAAGAAGCAGAAGAUGUAUGAAUUCUAUAAACAAUGGAGAAUGUAAAGGAAAUUCCCAAAUAACACGAUCCUGUUCACAGGCAGAUUGUCCAGACUGGAGUGUGUGGUCUAAGUGGAGUACGUGUUCUGUGACUUGCGGAGAGGGGAAAAGGGAAAGACAAAGAAAAUGUUUGAAUUCAAAACUUGGAUCAAAUUGUAGAGGAAACUCCAAAGAUACAACUGCCUGUGUACAGGCACCAUGUCCAGAUUGGACUGAAUGGUCCAAUUGGAGCAGUUGUUCUGUAACUUGUGGUGAAGGUAAAAAAGAAAGAUCUAGAAAAUGUUCAAAUUCAAAACGUGGAUCAGAUUGUUCAGGCAAUUCUAAAGAUACAACCUCCUGUACACAGACAUCAUGUCCAGACUGGAGUGAUUGGUCCAAUUGGGGUAGUUGCUCUGCGACUUGUGGUGAAGGUAAAAGGGAAAGAUCUAGACGAUGUCUAAAUUCAAAGCGUGAAACAGAUUGUUCAGGCAGUUCUGAAGAUACAACUUCAUGUACACAAACUCCGUGUCCAGAAUGGAGCGAAUGGUCAGAUUGGAAUUCAUGUAGUUCAUCAUGUGGUGAAGGUCAACAGACAAGAAGCAGAAGAUGUAUGAAUUCUAUAAACAUUGGAGAAUGUAAAGGAAAUUCCCAAAUAACACGAUCCUGUUCAAUGGCAGAUUGUCCAGACUGGAGUGAGUGGUCUAAGUGGAGUACGUGUUCUGUGACUUGCGGAGAGGGGAAAAGGGAAAGACAAAGAAAAUGUUUGAAUUCAAAACUUGGAUCAAAUUGUAAAGGAAACUCCAAAGAUACAACUGCCUGUGUACAGGCACCAUGUCCAGAUUGGAGUGAAUGGACCAAUUGGGGUAGUUGUUCUGUAUCUUGUGGUGAAGGUAAAAAAGAAAGAUCUAGACAAUGUUUAAAUUCAAAACGUGGAUCAGAUUGUUCAGGCAGUUCUAAAGAUACAACCUCCUGUACACAGACACCGUGUCCAGGUAAAGUAUGUCCGUCAUGUUUGUCCAUCGAUAUGCAUUAUGUAUUUUGUAACAAUGUUCUGGUUUAG